AUGUCCUCCAAGCCACCACACAACGCCAAGUCGGCCAACAAAAAGAAGCCCCUCCCCAUCGACUACAGCACCCAGAUCACCACCCAGCUCGCCGGUUUGUCCGCACCCCUCAACCUCACAAACGACGACCUCAUCUACACCGCCAACGAGCUGUACAAACGGAUGAUGUCCGAUCCAGAGUACGGCUCGGACGAUGCCUACUGGUCGUCGUUGCCCCCGCAUCUCCGGCAGUUUAUACGAGAUGCUGUUCCCUGUGCGGGCACGAUUAGCGCCAACAAUCCGGGAAAUACGUCUACACAAAAGACAAUGUACCAGAUGGCGCAGCAGAUCGUGCAAGCGGCGAGCCAGGGAAUGGGGCUGGGGCAAAUGAAUGGAAGCGCGAGACCACCUUCUCUAUCUCUGCCUCAGCAAAGCCUGGGCGAGGAGCUCGGAUUCCACCGCCACCCCGAUUCUCGCUCCGUGGAGGAGGAAAUCGACGAGGACGAAGAAAUCGAGGACGAUGUGGAUGUUCCUGCUCUGAAUGGCGAUGCGCCCAAGAAAAAGAACAAAAAGAAGAAGAAGAAGGCCGGUAUCCAGCAGCUAGAUGUUCCAGCAGAGCUGCCGCCUCCCCCACCACAGACGGCGCUGCCAAAAGCACCUCCACGUCCGACACCGCAACCUCCACAACCGCCCGCCCUGAAUCCCCCACCGCCGCCUCACAACGCAAACCCACAUCCAGCACACCACGCUUCUUCCGUGGCUCCGACACCGCCUCCGAGCUCACGCGCUGCAGGCAAACAGCCCAUGUCCAGCGCGCCGCCUGCCAACCCUCCCGCGAGAUCGGCCCGUGCGGCUGGAAAGGCCCCUGCCACGGCUGCGCCCCCUCAUAAUCACAAUCACAACCACCCUCAUACCCACCCGCCUGCGUCCAAGACUCCCUCGUCAGCUGUCGCAAAGGGCAAGGCUCCCGCGGCCCAACCGCCUGCUAAAAUCUGGACACAAUCCUCGGCAGAAGAUCGCGAAAAUAUUCGUCAAUUCUGGUUGGGAUUAACGGAAGCCGAGCGGCGGGAUCUGUUGAGGAUAGAAAAAGAUGCGGUUCUGAGAAAGAUGAAGGAGCAACAUCGACACUCUUGUGGAUGUGCAGUCUGCGGAAGAAAAAAGAUCAACAUUGAAAUGGAGCUGGAUCAGCUGUACGAGCAGUACUAUGAUGAACUUCGCUCAUAUGCUGCCGAACAGCGGACAGCUUCAAAUGGUCUUCGCGCCCCUCCAAGUGGUGCUGGUCCUUUCCCAGGCAGUGUCGAGGUCGACGCGAGCGGGACAGUCACCCAGUACGACCAUCGAGCCCCCGAUUCUGGCCAUCACCACGAUGAACAUGAUCACGACCACGAUCAUGACCACGAGGAGCUGGAAGAUGAGGAAAGCGAGGAAUAUGACGAGGACGACGAGUAUGCGGAUGAAGAUGAGCUGGAUGAUGACGAUAUCGGCACGGAUGAGGCAGAUGUGGGAGACGAUGAUGAGGAACCACCCGCUCCCCCACCCGUAUCACAUCGUCCAACUCCACGCCGUCCACCGUCAGUCAAAGCACCGCGGGAAGAGAAUGAAAACGACUUUUUAUCCUUCGGCAACAGCCUGGCGACCAUCAAAGGAGGUAUACUCACCAUUGCGGAUGACAUGCUCAAGAAUGAUGGUACCAAGUUCCUCGAGAUGAUGGAGCAGCUUGCGAUCAGAAGAUCAGUACGAGAGGAGCAAAAUCUGAGAGACAUGCAGGAAGAGACGGAUGAAGAGGAAGACGAGGCCGAGCCAAUGACUGAAGGCCAGCGGGCGGAAGAAGGCAAGAGAAUGUUCCAGAUCUUUGCGGCUCGAAUGUUUGAACAGCGCGUCUUGCAAGCAUAUCGCGAGCGUGUGGCCAAACAGAGAGAAGAGCAACUCCUGCGCGAACUCGAAGAAGAGGAAGACUCCAAGAAGGCCAAGGAGGAGAAGAAGCAAAAAGAGGCGCAAAAGAAGAAGGACAAGAAAAAGGCUCAAAAGCAGAGAGCGGACGAAGAGCGCUUGGCCCGGGAAGCCCAACUCGACGAAGAGAAACGCUUAGCAAAACUCGCGAAAGAAGAAGCCAACCGCGAACGCGUCCGUAAACAGGAAGAGGAGCGUAUUCGCCGCGAGGCUGUCAAGCGCGCUGCUCAGGAGGAAGCCGCCAAACAGGCCCUCGAGCGCAAGCGACGUCAGCAAGAGGAAAAGCAACGCGAAGAGGAGGCUGCCAGGAAGAAGCAGGAACGGGAGGAAAAGGCCAAAAAGGAACGCGAAGCUCGAGAAAAGGAGCUCAAGGAGAAGGACAGAAAAGAUCGGGAAGCCAAGUCUGCAAAGGAAAAGGCCGAUAAAGAGACGAAGGAGAAGGCUGCUGCCGAAAAAGCCGAACGAGAACGCUCAGCGCGAGAGGCCAAAGACAAGGCCGACAAGGAGCGCAAAGCCAAGCUCGAAGCUGAAAGAGCAGAAAAGGCCAGGAAGGAGGAAGCGGCUAGAAAGGAGCGAGAGCGGGCUACCAAAGAGAAAGCCGCGAGCGAAAAGGCUGCUGCUGAGCGUGCCGCCGCUGCCGCCAGGGCAAGCCAAGCUGCCCCUGUGUCUUACGGUGCCAGGUCUCCUAUCAAGGGUCCUACGCCACAGCCCACUCCUCCUAUCUCGCAGCCAUCUCCUGUCAAACCCUCGUCAUCCGCCAUCUCAGCCUCCUCGAGUACAACUCCUGCUCGAUCAACGCAGAAAAGUCCUCCUUAUUACCCCCAACCUCUUCCUCCGGUGGGCCUUCCCAGUGGUGCAUUCCCUCGCAUGGGUGCUCUGCCAAGCUAUGGCGGUCCCCCUGGUCUUCGCCAAGGCUAUCCAGCUCAAUCCUCUGCGACCUUUUCUCCUCCUCGCACGAAUGGUUCCGCCCUUUCGCCGAACUCCGGAACUCGCGGCUUUCCUAGCACUGAACCCGGUUCCUCAUUCGACCAGAGUAUGCGUACCGCGCCUUUAGGUGUCGGGUUCCCGCCAGUCAAGCAGGCGGGUAGAAUGCCAGCAGUCGAGGAUGCGUUUGCUCCGUCGUCAUCCAUUGGUGUGCCUCCAUCUCGAAGCAUGUCCAAUGCUGGCGAAAUCGGGUCUAUGAUCAGUACCUCCUCUUUGCACGCCGAAGAGUACAGGGCUUCUCCUACACCUAUCGCUCCUCUUGCGCCCAUCGGCAGACCGGCCUUCUCGGACAUGCGAGCUCCUCCUGGCCCAUCAGCAGCCCCUGGUGCCCCUCCGUCAACCGUCGCUGGUCCAUCAGGGUCUAGUGCUCUUCGAUCUCGCUCGCCGCCACUCCCAGAUCAAGUGUUUGGCUCAGCUGCUCUUGGAGCCGAUGACGAAAUUGUCCAACCACAACAACGCAGACCCACAGCCACCUGGGACAUGCCGAGUGCUCCGGGCGUCGGUCGAUGGUCUUCAUCGCCUAGUAUUUGGGGUUCUGCUCCUGGUGUGGGUGCUGAGCCAUCACAUAACCACGCGCAUGCUGCUGCGACUGGCAGCUGGGGUGCUCCUGGCAUCGCUGCUAUCGGCGAUCGGUCAGCGCCUCCACCAGGCUUAUCACUGUCUCCGACUAUUGGCGGGGGUGUACUGGGUAACGGCCAGAGGCAACCUUCGUUUGGAGGGAUAGGUUCUCCGUUCGUUGCUGGACCUGGUGCUGGUGUGCUUGGAGGCGGAAUAGGAGGCAUGGGCGGUAUGGCUCCUGGCGGCAGCGCAGGCUAUGGGCAGGGACUGUUCUCGCCUAUUCAAGGGCAGCAGCAUCCUCAUGGACAUCAGCCUGGGCACCACCAGCAGUCAUAA